ACGAACACACACACGUGACGUGGCAUGGUUACCGUGUCCGGAAGUGCCGUAAACAGGAGGUUUUAUCCUGAAAUUACUCCUUCGAGCUGUCAUUGUUUUCAAGUUAACUUUAAAUUCGCGUAUUGGAUUACUCAUCUAUGUCUCUAUAUUUUUUCUCUCGACAUACACUGAGCACUCCAAGUGUGUCCUAGUUUAAUGUUGGGAUUAUAUCUGUCUAUUGGGCCGGCAUGCUAGAUUUAAAGCUCAGCUAGCUAACACAGCUAGCUUACAAGCUGAGAGGACUCAGCUGACUGUCUUUACAUCUAUAUAUUUUAAACAGUCUAUGGUUUACAUUCAGUGAGUUUGAUCCAAAGACUGCCAGAGGAAGCCUGGUCCAUUCCUCUUCUGUUCAUGGGUAAUAUUUCAGUUUCAUGGUUCAGAUGACAGAGAUGAUUUGGGUUCUGUGGACAUAAACAGUUUGAGUUUGACUGAUUGAAGAUGGAAGAUAAAUACAGCAGCAAUGUGCUGUCAGGAGGAAAACUGGGCAUGGUUGAAGUCCCUAACUCAAGGUUAACAAGAUACAUAGUUUUACUGAUCAUCACAAAGAUCCUGAAGGCUCUGGGGAUCUUCGAGUCCUAUGAUAUCCUCAAAGUUGUUCACAUUGUGCAAUUCAUCUUUAUACUAAAAUUAGGGAGCGCUGUUAUUUUACUUUUCUUUCAAAAGCCGUUCUCCUCAGGAAAAGCUGUCUCUAAACGACAGUGGAUAAAGAUACUAAAGCAUGCUGUGUGUAGCUGCAUCAUCUCCCUCCUGGGCUUCUUUGGCCUUACUCUCUGCGGCCCUCUGAGGACGCUGUUACUUUUGGAGCACAGUGACGUGGUGGUCAUCGCUCUGCUCGGUGUUCUGUUCACCAGCUCAGGAGGAGGGCCGUCCAAGACCAGAGGAGCUGCGUUGUUCAUCAUCGCUGUGAUCUGCCUCCUUCUCUUCGACAAUGAUGACCUCAUGGCGAAGAUGGCAGAGCACCCUGAGGGACACCAUGACAGUGCGCUCACACACUUCCUCUACACUGCCAUCGCCUUUUUAGGAGUUGCAGAUCACAAAGGUGGUGUUGUACUGCUGGUGGUCUCCCUGUGCCUGAAGGUGGGCUUCCACACGGCCUCCAGGAAACUCUCGGUGGAAAUUGGCGGAGCGAAACGCCUCUACGCCCUGGACAACCUUGUGUCUGCUGUGGUGCUGCUGCCCUGGGUCAUAGUGCUCUCAGCGACCACAGAAAGUAAAGUGGACUCCUGGUCGUCGCUCAUCCUUCCGUUCGGGAUGAUCAUCUUCUCCGUGAUGAUCCUGGAGUUUUACGUUGAGGCCAUCUGCAAUGCAAAGAUGGAGACACCGAGAUGCGCCCGCUACGGUUCUAUCGCACUCAUCCUCAGCGGCCUGCUGCUGGCAAACUUCUGGACUCACCCACUGACAGACCAGCUGCGCUCCAUGAGCAAACCUCCACAACAAGUCAGCACAGAGCACGUGCUCUCUGGAGGAGUGAUCGUCAGCGCCGUCUUCUUCAUCAUGUCGUCCAGCAUUCUGUCAUCCCCAUCAAGAAAAGGUCAGAAGGGCACCUUGGUGGGUUACUCACCUGAAGGGACUCCUCUGUAUAACUUCAUGGGUGACGCUCUGCAGCACACGUCACAGUCCGUCCCUCGGUUCAUCAAAGACUCCCUGAAACAGAUCCUUGAGGAAUACGACUCCAGACAGAUCUUCUACUUCCUGUGUCUGAACCUGGCGUUCACGUUUGUGGAGCUGUUGUACGGGGCUUGGACAAACAGCCUGGGUUUGAUCUCUGAUGGCUUCCACAUGCUGUUUGACUGCUCGGCUUUAGUCCUCGGCCUGUUUGCUGCCCUCAUGACCCGCUGGAAAGCCACCAGGAUCUUCUCCUACGGGUACGGCCGAGUUGAAAUACUCUCUGGAUUCAUCAACGGCCUGUUCCUGAUGGUCAUUGCUUUCUUCGUUUUCGUUGAGUCUGUCACACGCCUGGUGGAUCCUCCAAACAUAGACACAGACAUGCUGACUCCGGUGUCCGUCGGAGGCUUACUGGUCAACCUGGUGGGUAUCUGUGCGUUCAGCCACGCUCACUCCCAUGGAAGCAAAAGCUGCUCGUCGAAUGACCACGGCCACUCACAUCACGGCCACUCCCACAGCGAGCACAGCCACGGAGGUCACGGACAUUCCCAUGGAGGACAUGGGCACAGCAGUCAUGGACACAGCAGUCAUGGGCAGAGCAGUCAUGGACACAGCAGUCAUGGACACGGCGGACACGGACACUCUCACGGUGGAGGGGGAGGCGGAGGCAUGAACGCUAACAUGAGAGGUGUUUUCCUCCACGUCCUCGCUGACACUUUGGGCAGCGUCGGCGUCAUCAUCUCCACCAUCCUCAUCCGUCAGUUUGGCUGGUUGAUCGCCGACCCGAUCUGCUCGCUUUUCAUCGCCACGCUCAUUUUCCUCAGCGUCAUCCCUCUGCUGAAAGAUGCCUGCGAGGUUCUUCUCCUGCGAAUUCCUCCAGAAAACGAAAAGGACCUGAACAUCGCGCUGGAAAAGAUCGAGAAGAUCGAAGGAGUUUUGUCGUACAGAGAUCCUCAUUUCUGGAGACAUUCAGCAAACAUGAUCGCAGGAACCAUCCACCUGCAGCUCAUGGCAGAUGUGGUGGAACAAAGAAUCAUUCAGCAGGUGACGGGCAUUUUGAAAGAUGCCGGAGUGAAUAAUCUGUCGGUGCAGGUGGAGAAGGAGGCGUACUUUCAGCACAUGUCUGGACUCAGCACCGGAUUUCAGGAAGUACUGGCAAUGACUCAGCAGAUGGAGUCCAUGAAAUACCUGAAUGACGGGACGUGUAUCAUGUGAAGAGAACCUUUGGGACCAAAACUCAGUUUGUUUUUUUAGUUAAAUGUACAGUUUAUGUGUGUAUGCUGCUCUAAUAAAUCUGAAUAUAUUGCUUUAA